AUGGCCGAUGAGUACGAGCUCGCUGCAGCUCCUGGUUCCUCAGCUUCAGUAAACACAACAAUGCCGCCGGAGGAAGCUGAGGAAUUACAUGGCGUGGAUGCGCGAUUGCAUAAGAGCACGCUGAGAAAGUUGGACUGCUUGUUACUUCCGUUUCUGGCGCUGCUGUUCUUGUUUAAUGCGCUCGAUAAGUCGAAUAUUGGAAAUGCAGAAUCUGCGCACUUUACGGCGGAUGUCGGACUAGAUAAGGGUGCGCUGAACACCGCUGUCGCGCUCUUCUUCGCCUUCUUCGUUGCAUUACAACCCGUCGGCGCGGCGCUGGGAAGAAGAUAUGGCAUGGUGCUCUGGGUACCUAGUUGCAUGAUUCUUUGGGGAGUAUGCACAGCGUUGCAUGCGUGGGUACGGCAUAGAUGGCAGCUUUAUACGUUGCGCAUACUCAUCGGGUGUCUUGAAGCGGGAUUCUACCCAGUCACUGUCACAUAUCUCUCCCUCUUCUACACACGCUUCGAGUUCGGCAGACGGCUCUCAUUCUUCUACGGUCAGGCAGCCGUCGGCGGUGCUCUCGGUGGCCUUAUAAGCUACCUUGUCUUCUCCCACUUCGGAAAUGAUGAGGAAGGCUCGGACAAAGAUUGGCGACCGUGGCAGGUGCUGUUUCUACUUGAGGGCACACUCACUAUCGUUGUGGCAUUCAUCGGAUACUUCUGGCUACCACACAGCGUAGAGACGGCAUGGUUUCUAACACCUGAGGAACGUCAGUAUGCAUCGGCGCGUGUUGUGAGAGAUCGAGACAUACAGAAUGCGCCUGCGGCCGUUCAAGAAGACGAGCACGAAACGGAAGAUACCUACGACGAGGAGUCCCGAGGCCUUCUUGACUCGUCCAAGCAUUCGGCCUCCACAAUCACACCAACACGACAACUGGUGGACGACCGUGGACUCAGUCCCCACGAUAUAUUAUCCGCAGUCUUCAACACCAAGAUUUGGCACAUUCUAGCCUGUAAUGUCCUGUCCGCCGUCCCGGUCUAUGCCUUCUCCGUCUUCCUCCCGCUCGUACUAGCACCUCUGACCGAGGACGCGAACCCUGCGCUCAUCAACUUGCUCACUGCACCGCCACAUAUUUGUGGAGCCAUCGUACUAUACUUCGCCGCCAGCUAUAGCGACAAGCAUCGCAUACGCCUCAAGCCGAUCAUGUUAGGUCUGCUCAUCAUGGUAGCGGGUUUGAUUCUCGUGGUUUUGCUCCCAAGCUCAUGGGCAGUACCCCGUUACAUCGCCCUCAACAUUCUCCUCUCUGGCACCUACAUUGCUUCCCCGCUUACUGUAGCCUGGAUAUCUGGUAACACACCAUCGCCCGGCAAGCGUGCAUUGCUCCUCGGUAUCAAUGGCUGGGGCAAUCUUGCUGGAGUCAUCUCAGCUAUCUUGUUUCGACCAAAAUAUGCAGCGGGUGGCUAUAUUGUGCCUUUUUGGUGGACACUUGCGUCUGUUGCAUUAGCGGCGUUUGGAUAUGUGCUUUUCUACAGACGCUUAAAGCACGAGAACGAGACAAGGCAGGGAAUUCUGCGCAAGUGGAGUGAAGAUGACGUUGAGGCAGAGAGAGUGCAUGGUAGAGGACCGCUACCGCAGCAACAGCAGUGGCUGAGGAGAGCUAUCGACGUGACGCGGUCACAUGCGAAGCUUGCCUCGAUUGGUGAUUGGCUUGAGCAGGCUGUACGAGGCAGAGAAGGUGACGAUAGACUUACGUUUGUUUAUGGACUUUGA